AUUGAGAGAUUGUGCCAAUGUAGCGUAGUAUAUAGCAGAAGUCAUUAUUAACUUAAAUAUGAAUAAAAACACAGUUUCGUACAUAUACGCAAUAAGUUUCGAGAGUUUUGUGAUCGCGAGUCAAAGCAAAAAUGAAAAAACAUAAUGAUUGUAGAGGGGGAAUUCAUUGGGAUUAACAGCGUCUUUCAAAACACCUUGUUAUUUCAAACGCUCGAAAGUAAACGUUUCAAGUUUAUAACCUGAUCAGUACAUAUUUUUGGAAAAAUGCAUUGGAUUUAAUAAGUCUUCGAAAUUUCACAAAAUUAUCAGUUAUCCAAUUCAACGUAGCAACGUGAAAGGUAAUUAAUUGACGGAGAUGAUACGUAGAUAAGUUCAUAAUUCCAGAGAUACAAUGGCAGAAGGUGGAUCGAGUAAACAAUUCAAAUUUAAUUUUCCAAAUCCACAUCGUCGUGAAAAUCGUGGUAAUCGCAAAAUUCAAAUUAAUUACGAUCAAGAUGACGAAACGGCCGCACUAAAUAUCAUUUUCCAAAAGAGGCCACCACGAAGACCGAAGUUGCCAAAUGGUACACAAGCACGUUGUGUAUCAAUUAGUCAACUCAUUGAAAGCAGUGAACACUUUGCUUAUCUCGAGGAUGGCACGAUUCAGAAUGUAGAGGAUACCAAGAAUAUUGAUGAAAUUGAUUGUACCAUUCAAGAAAUAAGAGAGAGUGUUGCUACACUCAACUUAAGCAGCAAGUCUUCGGCAGUCAAUACACCAAAAAGUACCCCAUCAACUCCAGAAAAAUAUAUCAUUGAUAAAUCUAAAAAAAGAGUUCGGAAGCCAAGGAAAAGAAAUAGAAGUAAAGAGAACAUUGAUGAGCAUGUGAAUACAGAGUUCAAUAAUACUGGAACUCCUAGUGUGAGUAAUAUUUCAAACGUACCAGAAAUCGAAAGGAAGAAGGAGAAACAUUUACUUGUGACAAAGGGUAGAAAUAAAGUAAUCAAGUCUAUUCGCAGUACUUCAAAUGACACUAAUUUACAAGAAACUUCUUAUAAACAAGAUGGUGCCUUCAAUGAACAAAAAGUUCGUAGGAGGAACAAGCGGAAAAAGGAAAAAAGAGUAUUUUGUGAACACUUAUCUGUUGAAGUAGUUAAAGAAAUUAUAGCAGUUCAAAAUCCUGCAUGUCCUAAUAUUAUUGAAGGUAAUAUUCGUAUAAAUCCCAGGUGUUACCAAAAUGCUUAUGUCUCUCUAGCAAGUGGUGAACAAGAUGUAUUAAUUAUUGGUUUGAAAGACCGUAAUCGAGCUCUUGAAGGAGACUUAGUAGCUGUAAUUAUAAAUUCUAAAGACAAGUGGUUGAAAUUAAGUAAAAAUGUGUAUCAAAAAACUGGUUAUGUAGUUAGUAUUUUAGAAAAAUUUCAUCCAAGAAAAGCUGUUGGAUACCUAAAAAAGCAAGAUGUCUUUGUGAUCCUUCAACCUAGGGACUAUAGGAUACCAAUACUCAAAAUAAAUCCUAAGACUGUUCCUAAAAAUUUCUAUGACAAUCCUGAUCUCUAUAAAGAAAUACUUUUUUUAUGCAACAUUAUCGAUUGGAAAAAAGUUGCAUUUGCUGAUGGAGAAAUCGUUCAAGUCAUUGGUUGUAAAGGUGACUUGAGUGUCGAGACAAAUGCAAUUUUACUUGAGAACGAUUUAGUUUUAACACCGUAUGAGGACGAAUUGUUACAAGGUCUUCCACCUGCCGAAUACAGUCCAACCAAUGUAGAUAUGGCAGAUCGCGAAGACUUGAGAAAAAGUUGCAUUUUUACCAUUGACCCUGCAACUGCUGUGGAUUUGGACGAUGCUGUAUCUUGUCGACUAUUAAAAAAUGGAAAUUUUAAGGUGGGGGUGCACAUAGCAGAUGUGACGCACUUCUUGGAAGCAUUCUCACCACUAGAUCGUCAAGUUGCCGAACGAGCAACAACAGUUUACAUGGUAGACAACGUGUACCACAUGUUGCCAAAGCAAUUGUGCUUGGCAUGCUCGUUAAUACCGGGUAAAGACAAAUUAACGUUCUCGGUGAUUAUCGAGAUCACAGCUAACGGUGAGGUUGUAAAUUAUCGCUUUGCCAAGACUGUGGUAAACUCGUGCUGUCAAAUGUCUUACGAGCAGGCGCAAAUUAUGAUUGAUGAUGAGAAUUAUGAUUGGGGAAAAGAUGGUUCUUUAAAAAUAUUUGGUGAUUAUGAACCUAAGGAUUUGCAGAAGGUUGUGAAAGAUUUGUAUUCGUUGUCUACUAAAUUGAAAAAUAGACGAUUCGAUGGAGGAGCUCUUAAGAUCGAUCAACCAAAAUUAAUUGUGUUUUUGGAUAAUGAGACGAGACUACCGGUGUCGUAUACGCUUGAAGAGAGAAAGGAAAGUAAUAGUCUUAUCGAAGAAUUUAUGUUAUUAGCGAAUAUGAUUGUGGCAAAGCAUUUAUACGAAACAUUGCCGGAAGUAUCUCUGUUGCGUUCGCACGCUGAGCCGUCGAUGCGUAUUUUACAAAAAACUCGUGACCUGUUAACGAAAUUCGGAGUUCUCCUCAACAUAGAGUCAGCUGGAACGUUACAUAAUAGUUUGCUCAUGUAUAAACCUGAGGUUGUAGAUGAGCAGAACGAGAGUAACAUUGUUGCACAGUACAGAAUGAUGGUUAUUAAUAGUCUUUGUGCCAAAUCCAUGACGCGUGCAGUGUACAAAUGUUCAGCAUUCGCAAAGACUAAAGAUAAUUUGAAACAUUACGCACUGAAUGCGGAAUUUUACACUCAUUUUACCUCACCGAUUAGAAGGUAUUCGGACUGUGUGGUUCAUCGGUUGUUGUAUGCGUCACUAAAAAAUCAUUCACUACCUGAAGAAUGGUCAUCUGCUAUUUGCGCGAAAGUGGCGAGCAACUGCAAUACAAAAAAAUAUUCAGCAAAGAUGGCUCAAGAACAAAGUAGUGCUUUGUACUUCACUUACAUGUUAGACUUACGCGGUUCGAUGAACACCUUCGCGAUAGUGAUGGAUGUGAAAGAAAGAUCAGCAGAUGCGAUGCUAUGUGAUACAGGUUUAAAAGUACGACUUUAUUUCUCCGACACAGUCGAGGAAACGGAGAGCGAAUUUACUUUGGAGCAUGAUGUACCAACUGUCAAGCUUACGUGGAAGCAACGGCAGAUUGUACAAGUUAUAAACAUUUUCAGUAUACUGCGUGUAAAAAUUACGAAACAUCCGCAAUUGUUUAAAUUACAGGGAAUCAUAUUGCCGGCUGUUACGGAGUAAAUAAAUUAAAUUUAAGUCACAAUAUUUACAAUCAUAUACAAUGACGUAUUUAUAGGAAAAGUUUUUUUUUCCAAGAGAAAAUAUUCAGAUAUAAUGCAUAAAAACUAAUUUAUUUGAAGAAUUUUAGUAAUUUACAGAAUCAUGAAUAUUUAUAAAUUAUAAAUAAAACGAAAUACUCAAUGGCUUACCGUUAUAAUGCAACAUAAAUCUUAAUUAAU